AUGAAGAUCUUCCUUGUAGUAGCUGCCUUGGCAGUUUUGGUCAACGCCACGAACCCAGAUCACCGAGGACUUCCCGAAGACCUGCGAGACUUCCUAGCCCUGGUUCCAGUGGACCAGAUUGUCGAGCUUACAUCGGAUUACUACCAGCACGACGCAGAAUUCCAGUAUGCCUUCCACUACCUCCAAGGCCACGAGUUUGCCACCGUUUGGGAUCAACUGUUUGCGCUGGACGAGAUUCGGGACCUGUUGCAAUACUUGAACCACGGAGGGCUGGACGUGUACAGUGUGCUAAACAGGAUCGCGGAAGCCCUCGGACUGAGUCAGCUUAAACCGGUGCGAGUUCUGGUGGAGAGUGGAAGAACCGGUGGACUCAACGGAUUUCUAGAUGAUGUGCGGGCUUUGCUACCGGAGCAACAGAUCAUGGAUCUGUAUGAGCAGAAGAUGGGAUCAAGUGAGGAGUUUACGGCGCUUACUGAUAGACUGCGGCAUGCGGAUUUCCAGGAGUUGGUUGAGCUUUAUAAGAAUUCCAAAGAAGUUCAAUCUCUGUUCAACGAGCUUCGUCAACACGGAAUUGAAGUGGACAAGAUUGUGAGACUGGUUGCGGACUUCUUUGGCUGGGGAUUAACGCUGUAA